GUUGGUAGCUCAAAUUCUAUUCUUGUAUAUAAAUCUCUAAAGCUUAGGUAAUUGAAGGGUCUAACAAUAGUUUCAUAUCUUAUUAAAACGGUAUAUUUCGUUCAUUUUUAAAAUACCGACCAACUUGAUUUCUAUCAACAAAGUAUGGCAGAAUAUUAUCUAGUCUAUGUGCUAUGAGCUACAUAAAAGUGUGUCACUUAUGUUGACAGUUAACAAUCAUGAUUAUGUCAAUGUCAAAUGUCUCGUUGACAGUUGACUGUUUGGACUUUCGGAAAUCGGAAUUCCCAGUUGCUUGUUACAUUGGUUGUUUAUUAUUAAUAGUUUAACAAUAAUUUAAUCAGUGACCAGUGUACCGAGAAAUAAAAUAUAUAUACAAUGGAAUACAACAUUUUUUUUACUAAACCAUGUACCUACACCAGGAAGCAGCCGGUACAACAAAAAACUGUAUGAGAUAAUGAGCUCGAUUGUCCAUAACAUUUAGAAACAAGUUCAAGGAAGCGAAUUAGCAUAAUAGCAGUAAAAAUAAAUUAUAUGUGCAAGAUAAUACUUACAUUAACAUUGAUCACAUCGUUCUGUCGCUAUGGAGGGUGCGUACGACGAAAUAAUCUCCGAAAAUCCAUUUUUCAUACAACUUAAAAAUGAAUAUUCAAAUUUGUUUCAACAUUGUAUUGCGCAAUCGUGGAUAAUAUGUGUGCCUCGUAUCGGUAGCCUGAACGCCCGCGCGUUUACCAUCGAACAUUUCUGUGCACAUGUGCUCGUUCCGAGUGAUGAGUUACCGGAAACACACUACAGCACUCUCACAGAAAAGCAAGUGAGUGUCGCAAACAAAGUCAUCACACUCGAACUUACCAAAGGUUUGCCCCUGCAGAGCCACAUACUUUUCGAAGAAACAUUUUACACUGAGGAUUAUAUAAAGUACAAGGUAUGGUGUGUUGAAAGCCCUUUAGAACCUAAUUCAAACUUUGGAGACAAUACUGUGACUAAAGAUUGUUUACUCUCCAUCAAUGACUGCAUCGAUUUACUCUGGACGCAGGCUGCAGGCCGACAGGUCCUGGAUCAAAUAGAAUUAAACGUUCAGUUGUUCAUAAAGAAACAUACUGUAUUACCAUCAGCCAUUUCUCCUCUGAGAGAUGCAAUCAGCGAGCUGUAUACACAAUGUCUUCAAAGCACAUUACAGAACCGCAGAAUUCGAGAAAAAUGCAAGUCAUCCAAACAUGUGUUAGAAAACAUUAAACUCUCCGUUGAAUGCUACAUGCAACAUUUAUUAUUUGACUUACUAUUUAGACCCAUUUGUACUAUUUGCUCUUAUGAAGACUCACAUCUGAAUAAAAAGAUAAGAAACAUGUCCGAUAUUCAACUAAGAGACCUUGAUAUAAAAAAAGAAUUGUAUCAUGCAGUACCAAAAGCAAAACAAAUACUCUCAAAAAUUGAUACAUACAACACUGUUCUAGAAAAGGUUUUAUGUUUGAAACAAGCAUUAAAUGCAAUAAACAAGAUUGACAACAGCAAUAAUGUUGUCUUAUUAACUGCAGAUGACUUGCUUCCUGUAUUUGUGUUCUUACUAAUCAAAUCAGGUUUACCAAACUGGUAUAGUCAGCUUAAAUACAUGAAGGAAUUCCGAUUUAGUGGUGUGGGGAAAGGUGAUGGAGAUGAAAGUGAUUUUCUAAUUACUACUUUGGAAGCAGUCAUUGAACAUAUACAAUCCGGUGCCUUAGCAGGUCCGCCACACCCUGAAGCAUAUUACUAUGAAAGUAGUCUUACUGAGGACAACUUUAGUAAUGGUUCUAAAAGAAGGAGCAGUUUAACAGAAUCCAUAUCAACUUGUGAUACAAAUGGAAGAGAGGAAACUCUUGAGUAUGUGUUUGAUUUGAUCAAAGCUAACAACUCUGAACAAGUGCAAAUACUGCUAGAAAAGAAUCAAAAACAUUUAGAUAGCAUUCAACAUGAAAAAAAUGCUAUAAAACUGACAGCACUCGAUAAUACAGAUGAUGAUGAUGAUGAUGAUGAUGACGAUGACACAGAUUCAGAAAUAUAUCAGCAGCUGUGUCACCCUCUGUGUAAUUGUAAAAAAUGUUGCUCCAAAAUAUCUAAGAAUCUCUUAAAAACUUCCCCAACAGUAUCUUCAAGAGACAGCCAUGGUCUAACACCUCUGCAUGUUGCCUCUGUGCAUGGAAAAGCUGCAAUAGUUGAAAUUCUUAUUGAUAUGGGUGCACAAAUUAAUGCUACUGAUCUUAAUGAAUGCACACCUUUACAUUAUGCAGCAUCCAGAGGACACCAAAAUGCAUUGCUUCUUUUACUACACUCUGGAGCCUCUAUAAAUAAAGAAAAUAUUGACAAGAGUACUCCACUGCAUUUGGCAGUAAACAAUGGGCACUUGAAUUGUGUGAAGGCACUCAUAUAUUUUGCAGAACAUGGUAGAAAGAAACUAAAAAUAAAUUGCAUGAAUGAGGUUGGUAAUACACCUUUGCAUUUAGCUUCAAAAUGGGGGUACGAGGGCAUAGCAAAACUAUUGAUUGAAAAUGGUGCAGAGCCAUCACUUCAGAACCGUAGCAAUAAAACCGCAUUUGAAUAUGCUCACAAUCUGAAGAUUUUGCAAGUUCUUAAAUCAAGCACUCCAAGUCUGUAUGAAUACAUACAUAUAACAAAUUCAGAUGUCAAAACAUUAAAUUGCAAGAGUGAUAAUCCAGUAACAAUGAAAUUGCAAAGCCUCAAAACGAAAAAUAAUGAAGCAAACAAUGCAUCAAAAACAGUUGAAAAUUUGAAGAGAAUAGAGAGAAUUUUACAAGCCAUAACUUAUGGUGAUGUAAAACUCGCAUGUUUUUAUAUGAAUAUUAAUUAUGAAAAUUAUGCCAACACUAAAAGCUCUAGCAAAAGUCCAUCAUGCCACCCUCUAUGUGAAUGCCCAUUUUGUAAGAAAACUCUACAAACAUCAUCUGACUUUGACAUUAAUUUUUCCGACUCAAAUGGAUUCACAGCACUUCACUAUGCAGCUAGUUAUGGUUUAGAUGAGCUAUGCAAUAUUCUAGUACUAAACAAAGGUAAUGUUAACUUUUGCAAUAAAAAAGGACAAACUCCUUUACACUUGGCAGCUAUAAAUAACAAAACUAUGGUAAUCAGUUGUUUACUUGAUAAUGGAGCAAAUAUAGAUGCAGUUGACUUGUCAGGCAGCACACCAUUACAUGUUGCAAGUGAAAUGGGCAACAUAGGCGCAACUAAAGUGUUGCUCAACUACGGACCAAAUGUAACCUUAUUAAAUGGAUCUGAGAAAUCUGCAAUAGAUGUAGCAAAAGAAAAACUCCAUUUAACAGUCAUAGAUUUAAUAGAAAAAUAUGUGAAUAAAAUUAAAUGAACAUACAUAAUAAUAUAGUAUAAUCAGAGUUAACUAUUAGGGUCUACAUGGAUCUUUUUAUCUGCAAGCUAACUGCAAAUUAAAGUUGACACUAUUCAAACACCACAUAAAAUGAGCUUUUGAUUACAGCUUUGUCAACUGCAACUUAGCAGUUCGCUUCCAGUUUAAAAGAACUUAAUCUCUACAGACUCUUGGAUAAUUAUGACAAAUUAUAGCAUCUAGUUUUAUAUGAUAGCUUUACUAUAUUAAUUGUUAUAAGGAAAAAUGUCAUGCAUUUCUACUAUAAGUAUAACUUGCAUAAUAUAAACAAAAUAAUUUUAAUAUUGUUUAA